AUGCCCACUUGCCUGGAUGGAAGCCUGGUGACCCGCUCCAUCCCCGCCUCCCAGCGGGCCGCAGCCAGUCCUAAUGGCUUCCGCAGCGCCGUGGCCCCGCCUCUACUGGCUGGUGUAGUGUGUAGUGACAUGGCAGUGCGACAUUACACCCUCGACGUUAGCCUUUCUACUGCAGUGGAAUCUGCCUCGAUAGUUCCUGGCUUGCUGUCCAUAUUUCAUGAGCAGGAACUGACAGAGACAAUUCAUGACACAAAUGGGCAGGGUUACCUUGCUACAUUUGUUGGAAAAAAUGGACGGUUUGUCAUUCUGCGUGUGCACUCCCAUGGGCUGGUCACCAUUGACCUGCAGUGUUAUGAAGAGGAUAACGCCGCACAACUAGACAAUCUUUUAAAUGCACUGGAAAAGAAGUUGAAAGUUCUCUUAAAUGGCAAUAUUGCAAGGAUUAAAAAGCUCCCAGCCCUCACGCGAGGAGCAAAGGUGGACCGAUACUGGCCCACAGCAGACGGCAGGUUGAUGGAGUAUGAUAUUGACCAGGUGGUGUACGAAGAAGAUUCAGAAUACCAAAACAUAAAGAUAUUGCACUCGCAGCAGUAUGGAAAUAUCCUGGUGCUCGAUGGAGAUGUCAACUUGGCAGAAAGCGAUCUUGCCUACACUCAGGCAAUCACAGGCAGUGGGAAGGAGAAUUACGCUGGAAAAGAGGUGCUGAUAUUAGGAGGAGGAGAUGGGGGCAUCCUUGCAGAGUUGGUCAAACAAAAGCCAAAGAUGAUCACCAUGGUGGAGAUUGAUCAGAAGGUGAUAGACGGGUGCAAGAUGCACAUGAGAAAAACUUGCGGCAAUAUCCUUGACAACCUGAGAGGAGACUGUUACCAAAUACUCAUACAAGACUGUGUCCCUCUGCUCAAGAAGUAUGUCCAGGAAGGAAGGACUUUUGAUUAUGUUAUUAACGACCUCACAGCAAUCCCAAUAUCCACUGCACCAGAAGAAGACUCUACGUGGGAAUUCCUGCGUCUUAUCUUGGAUUUGUCUAUACGUGUCCUGCACCCUAAAGGGAAAUAUUUCACACAGGGCAACAGUGUGAAUCUGACAGAGGCACUGAGGCUGUACGAGGAGCAGCUGGCUAAGCUCUCCUGUCCAGUGGACUUCCGCAAAGAGGUGGUGUGUGUGCCCUCCUACUUGGAGCAAUGGGUUUUCUACACUGCAUGGAAGAAGUAA